CAGUCAACUCCAUAUGAGGUGCAAGGAGAUGCGGUGACUAGUCCAACAUUGCUCAUUCUUAUUCUGGUCAUGCAGUGUCGCUCGCAACGUUAUAAGUGAGGAAAGUUGUUUCAACUUAAUGUACAUACUCACGAUGUGUUCUAUUAACGCCUCGACAAAGUGCCUUAAGCUACUUCGACCAUGGCAGGGAUUUCUACGUAUAAUUUCGAAUGAAGGAUCUGGAUCGUCCGCUCCUGAAGGGCCAAUCUGCUCUGCGUUACAGACGUCUUCUCUGUCAAACCCAAACGAAUGGACGACUACCCUGAAGAAUGAGGCGCUCAUCUACUAACAGUUGCCUCGAAAGUUUCAUGGUAUUAUCAACAUGGAGAAACUUUUCUGUAACUUCUGCUGGGCCUUCAUCAAUAAUGGCGAGGAGUGGACAGUAACGUCAACGUAUACUGUUGGUUGUUCACUACUUGGAACUUAUCCAGUGCAGUACUUUGCCUCGGACUAUUAUCGACCUAGUGCUUGAGGUUUUAGCAGGCAGCCGACCUGUUCUUGUGCACGAGCCUGUUCUUGCAAUUGCACUUUUCACCUUUUGACCUUUGUGCACCGUAAUCCGCGUGCUUUGCUGCCGCUUCACUCUCUUCUUCACACAGAAUUCACUCGGCUGGAGAACUUCCAAUGCUUAACAUUGGACCAAAAGUCUGCCCGAGGAAACUCAGCAACCCACCCACACAAGGAGGAACCUCAUAAUCAGCUAGCAGAGGAGGAAAUUUCUGAUUGCAAACAUGGGAUGGUCUGGAGAGAUUGAGGAUUUCGAUUGAGCGACGUUACUUUCGCGCACUUAUAUUAACACUUGUCUCCUGACGAGGAGGAGAAGAGGAGAAGUAAUUGUAUCAAAUACUCUCCAUACUCUCCAUCGUGCUUCUGGAGCGGGCGGCGAUUACGCAAGUUAAACGCAAUGUCUCUGCCCCCUGCGUAUUCGGCCACUGCCGCUCCGCAGUUAAGCGACUCUGUAUACGAACUUUACAAGCCAGGAGUUGAAUCACUGCUGGACGUUGUAUUCUUUCAUGGCCUACAAUUGUCACACACCUAUGUAGCUCACUUAUCAACAUGGAGGUCCCGCGGUUCGCAAAAGGAAGUAUGGCCGAUGACCUGGCUCCCGGAAGAGUUUCCUGGAGCUCGGAUUCUCUCUGUCAAGUACGAUGCUUGUAUCAUUACAUCAGCAGAGCAUGGAAGAUUAGACCUCUACUGCACAGCCGAAAGUUUGAUGCAAGAUCUUAUAUCUGCAAAGGUGGGGCAGCAUCCCUGGCGUCCAGUUAUACUUGUCGGCCACAGUUACGGAGGCUUGGUGAUCAAACAAUUGUGCCUCCAUGCGCACUUAAGCCAAAGCUUGCACCUCUCUAAGGAACAAAUGGCUGGAUUUCUCAACUGCGUCAAAGGAAUUUUCUUCUAUGGAACGCCCCAUCACGGAAUGUCAUCUUUCUUGAGUCCGAAUGGAGCACACCUGAAAGAUGCUAGCCCUCUAGUGGACUAUGUGAAGCUGCUUUGCGCAGAAUCAGCUCGCCUUCAUCAAAAUUUUGAUGCUUUACGGCUGUCCUACAAGUGGAGCAUUGCUGGAGUCGGAGAAUCGAGACCUACUACGUUUUUGAUUAUCGAAGCGGGGUCCAAGAAUGUUGUUGCAGUUAGCAGUGAGAUGGUGGUAGACGAGGCUUCUGCUCGGUACGGCGACUUCACUGUGGAGCUUGAGGAUCAUGUCUCUCUCUGCCAGCCCGAGAGCAGGACUUCAAACACUUACUUACGUUUGACAGCUUUCAUUCAAAGUAUCGAUUUCAAUAAGGUGAAAAGGAGGAGACUUCUUGAUAAUUUCCAGACGGUGCCGAAGAUGGCAAUGAGUUUACAUUCUCACCUCUUCGUAGAGGUUCAAAACAUUUUACGCACAGCUCCAGCAGUAGGCCUUUGCGGCAUGGGUGGAAUAGGGAAGACUACUCUCGCGAAACUGUUGUUCAACGAGUUAUGCGCUGAAUUUGAAUACACUUGUUUUGUUCCUGGAUUUAUGCUGAAGGGAGAUUACCAAGAAUUAGAACGCGGCGUGUAUUCGUUGAUGCAUCACCAUGGCACACAGAUUGCAGGAACUGGGAAAAACAAGAAGUGGAAAUCGACUGCUUUGAGAAUGAAGACACUUCUCCUCGUUCUAGAAGAUAUUGACAAUGAUAACCAUAUUGAACUUCUCCAGAACAUAUCUUCGGUGAAUGAUUGCGCAAACAGUCGUUACAUUGUUACCUCUCGAGAUAGAGAUAUUUUAAACAGUUCAGGCGCACGCGUGUUCGAUGUGAAACUCUUGAAUCAGAAAAGUUCCAAAGAGUUAUUUAUGAGCUACGCAUUUCCUUAUCCGACACAACCGAGUCCAUCAUUGACGGAAUGGGUAGACAAGAUUGUCGUAAAAUGUGAUGGACUUCCGUUAACCCUGGAAGUGAUGGGCAAGUAUCUCCAAAGGAAAGUUAGUGAAAGCAUAUGGAAACAGUGUCUUGACGCUCUAGAUGAAGCAGACAAUGUAAUCCGUUUGGAUGAACGGUUGUGGGCGAAAUUGAGAGUGAGCUACGACCGUUUGGGUAGUCAGGAGAAGGAAAUAUUUCUUGAUGCCGCGUCUUUCUUCAACAACUCCAGGUGGAGUCUGCGAGAAGCUAAAUCUAGUUGGCGUGUACUCUAUGGUCUUGAAGAUCUCCGAUGGCAGACCCUGGUAGAUAUGUCUCUCGUAUAUGACGUAGACGAAAAAGACAGGAUACAAAUGCAUGAACAAUUGAGGUCUUUGGGAAUUAGACUGGCUUCAGGAUGGGGAACAUGUGGCAGAUGUAGGACUUGGACUAAAAAAAAUGUCCCCUCUAGGUUUAAUUCUUCAAACUUCGAUGAGAGUAUCUCAGAAAGACAGAUUUAUUCAAGCGAGUCUGGUCCUUGCACAUCGAGCACUGGAAUGGAAACGCAUAUUGAGGAGGUCCUGGCGCUACGACUUGAAGACUCGAUGUCCCUCAACUCGAGAAAUAUUUGCCAGAUGAAGAAGCUGCAAUAUUUGGAUUCCGAGAAGGAGAUGGUGUUGGAUGCUGAAGGUGGCAAGCUUCCAAAGAACUUGGUGCUUCUUCGAUGGCGUGGAGAAGUGGACAGUUUUCAUGACCUGGUCGACAGAGGGCUUGCGGGCCGUUUGGCUGUUUUGGACUUGAAGGUACCGCUCACAUGUUUGCCAACGACCGUCAGCGAUUUCCGAAACCUUGAAGUUCUGAAAUUUCAAGGCUGCCUCUUCCAAUGUCUUCCCGAAACGUUCGUACGACUUCCCAGGCUUCGUCAUCUGAUUUUUAGCAAUUGCGGAAGACUUAGUUCACUCCCCGAAGCUUUCGGACGGCUCUCACAGCUGCAGUCUUUUGAACUUCAUUGCUGUUGUAAUCUUGAAGUAUUGCCCGACUCUUUCGUCCAGCUCCCCCGCCUGCAGACUUUGAUCAUCGACGAUGUGGACAAACUUCAAAGGUUGCCCGAGGGUUUCGGAAAUCUGUCCCAGCUACAAAGCCUGUUAAUAUCAUACGGGCAAUCUAUGUCAGAGCUGCCUGAGUGCUUCGGACGUCUCGCUCGACUGCGAGACCUGCUUCUCGAUCAUAUGUUUAGCCUCCAAGCCUUGCCGGAUUCUUUUGGGCAGCUUCCGCAGCUGUCGCAUUUAACAAUGGUGGCAUGUAGGAUCAUUCGAGACUUGCCGGAAUCGUUCGGCCAUCUGGCUAACCUGACCGUCUUGCACAUCCGCGACUGUCGCAGCCUUGAGGCCUUACCAAACUCCUUCGGUGCUCUUCGAAGCCUACAGUAUCUUCGAGUUUCCGACUGCUUCGCCUUAACGGAUUUGCCGAGCUCUUUCGGCCAGCUCACAUCCCUCCAGGACUUGAUCAUCGAAGUUCCACAUUUCACUUCUGUCCCGGACUCCAUCAGACAACUGCCUUCUCUGCAGAGGAUGGUACUUACUCUCCCCUAUCUAGAAACACCAUGUUCGUGGCUGCCUUCCAUGGACAACUUGGACAAGUAUAAUAUAUAUAGAGUGCUCUUCGGGCAACCAUCGUCGUCCGCCUUAGUUCACUUCAAAACCGUCUUCAGUGUUGAGAACGGUGUCUUCCACUUCAAAGAGUGUGAUACGUCUGUUCAUGUUUAUACGACUUUGCAAUCAGUUAAUCUGCAAUAUGGUCCCAGUGGAAUCUUCUCAGAUCAGCCAGUACAGUAGCUCGUUUAAUGGUCACAGCGACGUUACGGGCUUGUACCACGCUCGACCGGGCGUAAAGAUGGCCCCUACUUCGCUAGAUUUCAGCACAGUUUGCAAAACUUGCAAACCGAGCUCUUGAUUUUGUGAAGACUUCUGUGUCACACAGCGUUCGACCUCAUGUCAAGUUCUCCGAGGGUCUCCGAGUUGCGAUAAGUAGUUCCAUACCUUGAACGGGUUUUUCCUAUUUAUCAUUUAAUCAGAACUUUAUUAAAGUCAGACUGUCCUUUAAGUGACUGCCAUCAAAGUUGAAAUAUCAUCUGUAUUCUUUUUCAUUUCUAAUUACAAAUAUGGCAGAUGCUCCAGCUUAUCCCCCGCUAUGAAACUGUUGACUGCAUGCUUUCAAGCGUUUAAGGCUACUCCAUAUUUGAGGCAUUUGUGUGUGGUUUGGCUUACGUGGCCAUUCUAAAAUCAACUGGUGAACACGACAAAAGAUACUAUAUCAGGUCUGCUAAACCCGAAAAACGUGAGGCGAGAUUCAUUACAGCGUCAACCUCUAUGAAACGAAAACUGUCGGACAAAGGACCACGUUCUGUACUCAGUCAUCCAUCUUUGGAUCGAGCGACAACGAGCCAUAGCUAUUGAAGGGCAUGUCCACCUCGCCAUGAACUCAACGUGGCCAAUGAGGUCAGGUGCCGAGUGAGGUAUAGUUGCGGGUAGACGUUAAGUGCCUGCAGGGCAUGACGUGGAGAUGAAUAUGCCACUGCGUUUUGUGUUAAUUGAACAAUCAUCGUUAUCUAA